AUGUCCUCUGAGCCACAACCCUCCCUUCUCUGCCGCCUGCUCAGCUCAACAGGGCUACAAGCCCUUUAUCAGAUUGGGCUCGAUGCCCACCUCAUCAUCCUCUCCCGUUCAUCCCGCAUGCUCGCCUAUGGCGGCAGCUCCCUCAUCCUAGCCUUGUUCUUUUCCUCUCUACAUGUCCCUGAUGCCCGUAUCGGCCUGUUCAUGACACUUACCCUGGCUGGAGAUGUCGCACUCUCACUUGGUCUGGCACUCAUUGCUGAUCGGGUCGGGAGAAGACGAAUCUUGAAGACGGGAAGUGUGUUGAUGAUCCUAAGCGGGGUAGUCUUCGCGCUGUGUGAGAACUACUGGGUUUUGCUUGGGGCGGCUAUCCUGGGAGUGAUUAGUGCCACGGGAGGGGAUUUUGGGCCGUUUCGGGCGAUUGAGGAAAGUGUUGUGUCUGGCUUGGCAAAGAAGGAAGAGAGGACAGAUGUGCUGGUCUGGUGCGAGUUGAAGCCGGCCGGUACAAGCGAAGGUGACGAGGAGAGACGCCCACUGCUAAACGAAUCCCAAAACGACGAUUCUUCCAGCAGUGGUAAGCAUUACAAGAGCUGGAUCUCCCGCAUUUCCAGGGAAACCCUCUCCAUCAUGUCCAUCCUCUGGUUCCUGCUUAUGGUCGACUCCCUCGCCGACGGCAUGGCCAACAUGUCCCUGACGAGCUACUACCUCGACCAGAAAUUCUCCCUCCUCAAGUCCGUCUUGGGCAAUAUCGUCUCAACAAGCUACUUACUCGCCGCAGUCGCCACCAUCUUUGCCAGCCCCCUGUCGCGAGCCCUCGGCCUUGUCAACACCAUGGUCUUCACGCACAUCCCUUCGUCGGCUGCUGUGUUACUCUUUCCUCUGCCACGCGGGGUUGUGAUCACGUUUGCGUUGUUGCUUGUCCGUAUGGGGCUGAAUAACAUGGAUCAGGCGCCUAGAGCAGCUCUGAUUGCGGCGACGGUAAGGCCUGACGAGCGGACGGCUGUGAUGGGGAUUACGGGCAUGCUGCGGACGCUGGCAUCGACGACAGGGCCAAUUAUCACUGGCGUAUUGGCCGAGGGAGGAAAUUUCUGGGCCGCGUUUGUCGUUGCUGGAGCAUUAAGGUUGGCAUAUGACGUUGGGUUGUUUGCGAUGUUUAUUAACAUCAAGCUGCAUAAAGACGAAGAGGAUGAGUCGUCCUAA